AUGAUAGUUGCCACGUGGCGCCCCACGCUAAGCGUACUCAAGCGGCAUGCCCCAGCUGAGGGGCGGUCCUCGCCCGCAAGCCAACGUCUCGGAUACUUAGGCCUGCGUGUGACCCCUAUCAUUAGAGUUCUGAUAUCAAGUGAACUUCGAGCUCAUGUGUUUAAGAGCUGGCAGUAUUACCCCUGGGGUAAUACUGGAAUGAACGUACCAUGGCAAAAAUCAGGAUUGCAUGUCUUGACAGACUUGAUUACAGAGACGCGACCCUGUGAACUGCUGAAACCUGAUAUAUAUAAACCUGAAGAAAUAAUAAGUGUUAGGGGUACUGAUGAUGGGUUAAGGACCACUUCAGUCUCCAACUCUGAGAAAGUUCAAGGCCAGAGAACUUAUUUUCCUGAGACUUGGCUGUGGAAGAUUAAUAUGCUCAACUCCUCUGGUGUGCUGAGUGAGCAGUACACCCUCCCUGAUACUAUAACUGAGUGGGUUGGUAAAGCUGUGUGUGUAAAUCCAGAAAAGGGUCUCGGCAUAUCACCCAGGGCAACAAUAACCACUUUCACACCUUUCUUUUUGGAUUUGACUCUUCCUCCAACAAUCAAGAGAGGGGAAAUUCUACCAGUGAAGAUCUCAGUCUUUAAUUAUCUUGAACAAGCAUUGCCGGUCAAAGUUGUAUUGGAAAUAAGCCUUGAUUAUGAAAUUAUUGAGGAACCUGAAAGCCAGUUGCCACUUGGUCACAAAAUAGCCUGCAUCCCACCACAAGACAAGGUUGUUCACAUUGUGAAAAUUCGCUCUCGGGUCUUGGGAGAUGUAAACAUCACUGUGGAUGCCUUUGUGGAUGAGCUGUAUCCUGAAGUAUGUGGACCAGAAUAUGUGAUCAGUAAAAGGGAUAUUCUAAUGAAACCAAUCAAAGUGGAGGCUGAAGGAUUCCCAAGAGAAAAAGCAUGGACCAAAUACAUUUGUUCCAGUGAUAUUAAUGAAAAUGCAGACUUUUUAGAGAUUUGGAAGGUAGAACCACCACCACUCAUUGUAGAAGACUCAGCCAGGGGUUGGGUGACUGCAGGUGGUGACCUUCUGGGACCUACACUUGAGAAUCUUGGCUCCCUUGUAAAAAUGCCAUAUGGGUGUGGGGAACAGAAUAUGUUGAAUUUUGCACCAAAUAUUUUCAUCCUUCAAUAUCUGGAUGCUUCAAAUCAAACAACACCAGCAAUUGCAAAGAAAGCUAUUGACUACAUGCAAAAAGGUUAUGAACAGGAGCUGCACUAUCAACAUUUUGAUGGAUCCUUCAGUGCCUUUGGAUUCUCUGAUGCAUCAGGCUCAACAUGGCUCACUGCUUUUGUCCUCAAGUCCUUUGCACAAGCUCGCCAAUAUAUUCAGAUUGAUGCAUAUGAAGUGGACAUGAGCCUUGAUUGGCUGAAAUUGCGUCAGAUGGAGAAUGGAUGUUUCCAAUCUGUGGGGAAAGUCUUCCACAAAGGCAUGAAGGGUGGUAUUGAUGGAAGUGGUUCUCCAGUACCAUUAACAGCCUAUGUGUUGAUUUCCCUCCUUGAAGCGGGUGAAGUGACAAGCAGUCGUGCAGUCAUGAAAGCAACCUUCUGUUUAGAUGCUGAUACAUCCAAGGAUCCCUACACUUUAGCUUUGAAAGCCUAUUCGCUUUCUCUCGCUGAUUCCCCUAAGGCAGAACAAGCAGUGCAGAACCUUAUUAAUAUAGCAGAAGAGACCACCAAUUUAAUGCACUGGGAGCUUCCAGCUGGUUCAGGAAAGAGUCAAGCUGUUGCUGUAGAGACAGCUGGUUAUGCAGUUCUUUCAAUGAUGACCUUAGAUGCAACCAAAUUUGAGCUUCAAGCCAGAAAAAUAGUGAAAUGGAUAUCUUCACAGAGAAAUGGCCAAGGAGGAUUCAUAUCAACUCAGGAUACUGUUGUUGCACUCCAAGCUCUGGCGAGUUUCGAGGCUCACCAAAAGAAAGAGGCUGUCAACCUGGUCAUCACUGUGGAAGGUGAAGCACUUGAGCAUGCAUUCUUUGUAGACGAAUCCAAUAAACUUCUUCAACAGCAAGUGAAUCUGCCAUCACUACCUUCCAAUGUCAUUCUGGACAUGGAGGGAGAAGGAUGUGCCCUUGUUCAGACUGUCCUGAGAUAUAAUGUUCCUGAUGCUACAGCAAGUGAUGCCUUUUCCUUGUCAGUCACCACUGAAGCAAUCGCAGAUAGGAAAUGCAUUACAAAGAAGAUUAAGGCUUGUGCUUCCUACUUAUUAUCUGAUCAGAAAUCCAACAUGGCUGUUAUGGAAUUUAACUUAAUUUCUGGAUACAUACCACAUAAAGCGGACCUUAAACAAGUUGUUGGUUAUGGAACUGGCAUAAUCAAACACUAUGAAGUUGAUGGCAGCAAAGUUAUGUUCUACAUUGAUGAAUUUUCACCUGAAGACCUUUGUGUGGAGUUCCGAGUAAUUCGGGAAAUUGAUGUUGAAGAUGCCAAGCCUGGGACUAUUAAGGUGUAUGACUAUUAUCAGCCCGAGUUCUCCAUAAGUAAGAGUUAUGUUCUACCACCUCCAGAUGAAUGCAGAAUCAGUUUGGUUCCCAUUGAAGCUAUUGCCAUUGAAGGAGAUAUCAUUGUAGAGCCAGAAAAUGGAACGACCACUCCCUCAUCGGCUGUUGGAGAUUUUGUUGCCUUAUUAAAUGAAAUGCCUUGAGGAUAAAAGAAAAAUAAGUAUAUCUAAUAGUGGCAUGCUUAUUGUAGAUCAUGUUAACUUGUUGCUAUAGUGUAGUGUUCAUAUUCACCUGUCAAGCAAAAAUUAUAUAUAUAUAUAUAUAUAUAUAUAUAUAUAUAUAUAUAUAUAUAUAUAUAUAUAUAUAUAUAUAUAUAUUGUUUUUGGUUAGGAAACAGAAAUGGAAUGGGUUAUAUGUGGAUUUAAAAAAAAAUCCUUGCUUUGGAAGAAUGAUAACGAAGCCUGUUCUUCAAAGGUAUCAGUAAUUUUAAGGUUAUUUUUAUAGUUUUUAUUUUGUUAAAGAAUGAGGUAAACCUUAGAUACCAUAAUAUUCAGUGGUUUGAAGUGUAUGAAGGUAUACAAAUGGAUUUAAUUUUUUUAAAAGAAAAUCUGUCACAUUUUGUAUUUUCUGCAUAAACAUUGUAAAGUUGAACAUGGAACGAUUUUGUAAUAUCCCAUGGAAUGUAUCAUAAUAUUUUGGGAAGAUAUUUUACGAUGAAAUGAAAUUUGAAUUGGAUUUUAGUAUACACAA